UUGCUACUGUUAUGUUUUGUGGGACACCCUGUAGUUAACUUUAUAAUUUUGCAUACAACCCACUUUUUAACUUUGAAAGUAACCAAAUGGAGUUUAAGUCUAAUUCUUAUGAUAGCAAACACAUGUCUUCAAGUUUCUCCCUUCAACUAAAUUGAAUGUUAAAGAAGAAAAAGGUGAGUAGGAGAAAAAUUGAGAAGUAAAAAUACUAAUUUAUAAGGGAUUUGAUCUAUUGUAAGCUAUCUGGGCUAUGAUUCUUCUACGUUUGGUGGAUUACUCGAUGACAGUCUGGAUUGGCUAAUCUCUGCUGGCGGUUUGGAGAGUCUGGAUUGAGUGGCUUGCAGAAUGGAAAUCUUAUCUAGUAUACAAGGUUACCCAUAAGUGGUGAGACUUCAGAGACAUCAAUUAGGAAUUGUUCAGUAUUUAUUUUUACAUACUUCAUCCCUUAUAACUAUAUACUUUUUUCUUUCUUUAGUUAACCAUUGGAAAGAUCAUUAAAUAAUGUAUUCACUGUGGAUGACAAAUUGGUUUAAUCAAAUAUGGCCAUCCAACAUUCAUUCUUUGUGGGAAACUCAGCAGCUCCUACCAGAGUUAGACAUCUUGAUACUUACUUCAGAUUAAAAAUGGGAGACCUAGAUGAGCAGGAGGAUGAGUUGCUAGCUGUCUCUGAAAUACUUCCUCCUGGUACAUUUAGAGUAGAGAGAGGACAGUCUGGUUUUCCUCACCGGGGAUCCAUAGAGGUGUCUGUAGAUUUGUCUGGUCCUGUAGAAAUAGUAGAAUCUGAUAUUUCUACGUUCAGUGUGCAGUAUCUACCUCCUAUAAUACUAGAAUUUAUUCUACCAGUAGAUUAUCCUUCUCUUCAGAAUCCUGUUUUUAAUGUUAGCUGUGUCUGGUUAGCUGAUGUUGAGUUAAACGCAAUUAAAAAUCAGCUACACAUAAUUGGACAGGAUAAUCUGGGAAGUGUUGUACUGUUUCUUUGGAUCAAUUUUCUUCAGCAAGAUUUACUUGAAGCAGUCAAUUUUCAGUAUUCAAUCAACCUUCACCAACUCAGGACUGGAAAACAGAAAAAAGACUGUGCUAAACCUAAACUAGCCAGACAAAGUAGCUUUCAGCCUUUUUUAAGCAGAUCCUCGGAUCUUAAAACAUCAGAACUAAGUUGUCCUGAACAUUCUGCAUCAAUUGACAAUAAUGAUUUGACUUAUGAUUCUAAAAGUGAUUCACCUGCAGUUAAACUACCAUACGUAAGCUCAUUAAGCCUUUCAGCUCAACCAUUCCGUCCUAAAGCAGAUUCUGUCGUACCAUCUGCAUCCAUGGCAUCUCCAUCCUCAUCAGCUUCAGCUAGUUCAAGAAAUUCUACUUCUAAUCCUGCUUCAGCACCUACUUUCAAAUCAUCACUUUCCUUAUCAGGUUCAGUUGGUUCAGCAAGUUCUAUGACUAAUCCUGCCGCAUCACUUGCGUCAAUAUCAUCACAAUCUUCAUUAGUAUCUGCUGGCUUUGCCAGUUCCACCUCAAAUCCUGGGCUGGAGAAGAAGAACCGAAUUACUGGAAUUGUUAAAUCUUGGAACUUGACAGAUUGUGCUGGGACAAUUUUCUGCAAAUCUACAGGUCGGAUCUAUGCAAGCUUGACAGAUAUCUGUUCUCCUGACCUCACAAGGCUGGAGGUCUCCCUGGAGAUCGGGCAGACAGUGGAAUUUGACCUUCUGACAGGAUCCAGCCAUGUUAUUGACCGGCAUACUUUUAACAAGCAGGCGGUCAAUAUUACAGCAGUCGGCGGGAGACCGGUCAAAGGAAGUUCUGACUCGGAAAAGGUUACAAUUCUAAAGCAGGAUGUUCUUGGAACCAUUUAUACCUGGAACCAUAGAAAAGGAGAAGGCAAAUUGAAAUUGGUAAAGGAGGGAGAAAGUUGGGAAAGGGUAGAAGCAAAGGGGAAGGCGAAUGAAAAAGGUGGAGGGAAGGAGAAGGAAUUGAAAGAUCUUGUUUACGUUUAUUACACUUCUUUACACUUCACUCCUCAAACAUUGAAACCAGAUGAUUGCAGACUGUUCAGAUUUAAUAUUGUAGAGUGUACCAGAUAUGGCCUCAUUGCUCAAUAUGUUCGCCUUGAAGAAAAAAGAAGUUUUGCAUUGGGAGCAGCUGAUCUAAACAAAACAAAAGAUUCCAAUAAAAUAAAUCCAGAGAAAAGCAAAUCAGAUAAAAAAGAUAUUUCUGAAUCUUCUUCUCAGGAAAAUUUAUCAUUAGACGUACAGGUUAAAGAUGGGGCUAAAAGCCAGAUAAAUGAGAAUACAAAUUUGAUAAAGGAAAAAGAAAAUGCGGAUGAGAAGAAGGAGAGAAAAGGAGAACAAACGAAAACUGGAGUUCAGAUUUUAGCAGCUAGGCUCAGAGAAUAUAAUAACAGUAAGGAUGUGGAAAUAUUUGCGGCAAGUGUGUACAGCUGUCUAGUUUGCUUUAUGGAGAAGAGUGGGGUUAAUUGUGUACGCUUCCCUUCAUGUCAACAUGUGUACUGCAGGGAGUGUAUGGCGCAAUAUUUCAAAAUACAGAUUGAAAGUGGGCAGGUAAAGAAUCUGACCUGUCCAACGGACCAGUGUAAAUCCCAGGCUCUACCCAACCAGGUAAUGGAGUUGGUGCCUAUUGAUCUGUUUAAAAAGUAUGAGAGUAUUCUACUGGAAACUACCCUGGAGUCAAUGGUGGAUGUGAUCACAUGUCCCAGGGUGUUCUGCCAGUGUCCAACUGUGAUAGACAGAGAGAAUAAUAUGGGACAGUGCCCGGCCUGUCAGCUGUCCUUCUGCAUAUACUGUAGGGCAACCUAUCACGGUGUUUCACCGUGUAAAAUGAAAACAAAGGAGCACCGCGCUAUUCUGGACAAAUACAACCAGGGUACUGAUGAUGAGAAGAUGUGGUUGGAGAAGAAGUAUGGAAGAGUAAAGCUUCAGCAACUCCUCUCAAAUGUUUUAAGUGAAGACUAUCUCUCACAGAAUGCCCGGAACUGUCCGAACUGUAACGCCCCUAUAGAGAAGAAGGACGGAUGUAACAAGAUGACCUGCUGGCGGUGUAACACCUACUUCUGCUGGUUGUGCAGUGUCAAGCUGAACCCAGCCAACCCCUACUCUCAUUUUAAUAUCAUGGGAGGAAACUGCUACGGAGCUCUCUUCCAGGGAGUUGAUGUUGAGGAUGAUGAUGAUGAUUGGGAGGAAUUCAUGAACAUUUAAAAUAUUUCAUUUUUAUAGAAGUGAUUAUAAUGGAUACGGAUAGAAGUUACAAAUCAAGUAUUCCAGACUCCGCGAUUGCGUAAACUACACACGUAUUUACAUGUGUAGUAUAUUACUUUAAAGUAACUACAGCAGAAAACUUAAGCAUUGUUAAAAUCGAGAUCUAGAUCAAUGCUUGAUCCAUUCCAUUUGUUAAUAUUUAAUCUUUAGUUUGUAUCCAUCAAAGUGUCUAUAAUUCAACCAAUCAGAGUGAUGUAAGCAACGUUCACAUAAUGACAUAAAAAUAUGAUAAAGUUAGAUUUUAUUGGGCUGCUGUUGCUAACAAACGUCUAAUAUACUAUUUGUGGCAAAGGUACCAUACCUUUCCGCUCAAAUUCUGAACGAAAAAUCGGCUUUUUCUCUGGCCACAGUUGUCUUUAAAAAGUAAGACAAUUACCAAUCUACAGCAAAUAGGCUGUUUAGUUUACCCUGAAAUUACCCUGAACGGUCCCUUUAAGUGUUAUGAGAGCAAAAAUUUAACCCCGUAUGUAAUUUUAUUUAUUUUUAUAAUCUUUCGUGUUAUGAAUUCGUGAUUUAUAAAAUAAAUAUUUAUAAAAUAAA